CCCUUGCUUUUCAAGGAGGUUUUAUUUACUAACUUUCUGCACCACGCCCCGGCGGCGGAGUCAGUGUCGAGCUGACGUCUGCGAAAUGAAAUCGGCUCACUGCAUUUUCCUUCACAGAAUGGAAGUAGUCGUGGAGCUGACACGGACUAAACUCGCUUGACUUGCCAGGAUAUUGAACUCGUUGCCCCCUUUUUCUCUGCGUAGACAACCUUAUAAACGAAGCCCACCUUUGUGGCUGCUGAUCUCAAAGUGCCCCCGUAUGGACGAUGAGGAGGAUGAUGUGUUUGAGCCGGACCCCCACUGCUGGCGCACCACAUUCAGGGAGAUAAAGUGUGAAGAUCGGGGCACACAGACACCUGGCCCUGCGCUGGCACCCGACAACGGCAUGCUGCCCUGUGGAGUUGCAGAGGAGCCCAGACCACUCUUCUACGGCAACGCGGGUUUUCGAUUGCACUUCCCGGCACACUUUGAGCUCGUUGGGGAUCAGGAAGCGAGGAGACAAGACAGUGAAGGGGAGCGAAACGGCAUGGAGCAGCUUCCCCGGCAGCAGCCUGUGGCCCGCGGUGUGGAGGCCGUUAUUGGCCAGAAACUCCAGCUGAUUGGAGACCAGUUUCACCGGGAACACCUUCAACUGUAUCAUCGAAACCAAAGGAACCAGGGGCGGAUGUGGUGGCGCCUGGCCGCAGCUCUGCUCAGCCUUCUGUUCGACAGGGGGCUCGUUGCUGGAGGAGGUGGCGCAGGACGGAGGUGAGGGGGGUCUCCCCAUCUCUCCGAGGAACUGGACUCCUAAUGGCACUGUCAAAUCUAACACGGGUCUGUUUUUUUUUGGAGGCGGGGGGGGGGGGGGGGAAAGAGGAGACAAAGAGUCACCGCAGGACGGAGACAACCAACUUUUAUACAAGGUUUUUUUCUUUCCAAGAAGAUGCCACGACGCUCCGAGAUUUCCUCUACAGGACAAUGUUCAUAUUUGGGUAUCUGUGUGGUGUAGUGGUUUUGUAUAGUACAUGGUUCUUGUUAAAUUUUUUGCACUUCAACAUGUAUCCAUCUUAAAUGACCUCCACCGACCCUGGGAAUGCCUUAUUCAAUGUCUUCUGCCAGAAUGAGUAUUGAGCGAUUUAGAGAUGAGGUGGGAUGGUUAGGAAAUGAAAGGGGUUGAAUCUGCUCACAUUUCCCGGGGCGACCAGACACGUUGAUUUAACUAAAUUCCAAAGAGGCAACUUCUCAGAACAAAGCAUUUUGCACCUCACCUCAAUGGAACAUUUAUCUUUCUUUAUUUCUUUGUGUUGCGUUCUGUUUUUGGGUUAUUUACUCCAUUCGCUGCGGUAUGUAAUUACUACCUUUCACCCUUUAAAACAUUGGGAACAACUCUCCUGCUCGUGAAAAGUCUGCACCCCUUGUAAUCUAAGAUGUUCUUGAUCAUCAGGGUGGAGUUUGCAUCAGUAACUGCCCAAACAAGCCUGGUGACCCAGCAUUCAACAGCUAAUAUUGAUAUUAGCAAUUAGGAUUAUUGACAUUGGAAACAAAUUCUAAAAAAGCAGUUAGCUGUAAUUUAUAAUGUGUAUAUAUCGAUGAGGUAGCAUAUUAAGAAAUAACAAUGAAAACUCCAUGAAAAGAUAUUUAGUUUAAUGUGUGCUGACUUUUGAGAGGUCUAGCCCCGGUGCACGAAAUUAUAACAGAGUUAAGUGGUUUUGCUUUAAUACCAGCAAAGUGUUCUUUACCUUAAGUAUAAAGAAACAAUUUGGCCAAGUCAUAGUUCCUUUAAUUUGGAUUGAAUCAAGAAGUCUUCCCUCAGUUGUUCCCUCAUUCCUUCUCAUUUUCCAGUUCUCUGUGUGUCUGUUCAUGUGAUUGUUUUCAGACCUCCAUGCCCUUGAAGUGGAGCUCUGGAUCCACAGUUUUUGCACUAGACAACGUACACCCUUCAAAAGUGUAUGAAGGUUUUCAGUUAUGACUCUUUUUUUCUUGCCACAACAUUUCAUAAGUAUUCACUCUUCAUGUCCAAAUCAAAUAUUCAAUGCUGAGACCUGACUGAACACAGUUUGGGAUCUGGACUGUUUUAUGAUAUUUCACACAGCAGAGUUUCAGACUAACUAGAGUAACUUUAGAUCCUCCAUCGAAAGGUUUCUGUCCUGGUUUGUUUAUCACAGCCUGUGUGUGUGUGUUCUAAAGACCAAACAUUACUGCAUAUUCAAUCUCAGGCUACUUUUAUGGGGUUUUACAUCAUUUUAUAUUCUGUGAUAUUGGGUGCUCUUGUUUUGUCUUUGGUGCUCAGAUCCAGACAUUUUUAGCCACUCAGCAAACACAAACACAAACGUGAAAAAGACUGUAAUUAUUGUUAAAAUAUAUUAAUAUGUUUAAAGACACUGUUAAAGAUGCUGUUUGUUAUAUUCUACAAUGCUGAACCCAGGCCAACUUUUGGACCCAAGAAGCAGUACAUAUCAGGGGUCUGGAAUGACUUGCUCCUUAUAAUGUGUCAAGUGUAUCACUGCAUAAUUAGGGUUUCCUCUCAAUCUCCUAAAGGUGUCUCAGGGACAGACUUUGUGGGCUACAAGUGACCUUGAGAAUCUGUCACAUGGUUAGAUAAAUAGCAGUUUCUCCCUCCCAUUUAUUUACGAUAAAAGCCCUCAAGGUAUCGUAAAGUCCUUUUUCAUUUUCGUUUCAGUUGUUAAAUUGGCCAAUUUCUCAGCACACCCAUAUAAAGGUACAGUUUGGCUGAGGAGCGUGAGGCAGACUGGCUGCCUGUGGUGGUGUCGGGGGCUGCUGAGCAUGUAGUUGUAGGCGUGUGAGGUGCACUGAAUGUGGUUGUGGUUAUAGUUUCCUGCGGAUCCUGAAUGCUGAGCCAGUCCCUGCAGCGCCCCAUCCCACCGUUGGCUCUCGACUUCCUGUUUGUGCUGCUCCUUUUAUUACAUGGCUAAUAUUCAUCAGUAAUUUAUUUGGUUUUUCAUCUAAUUUAUUUUGUAUAUUUGCCCAUUUCACUGUAUACAGCUGUGUGUGCAAUUAUUUUUUUCAUUUUCUUUGUGGUUUCAGUCUUGGGACUUUUAUAUGCUUCAGUUGUUUGACUGCAGAGCAGGUUGGCUUGCAUAAUACCUGAGGUUGCAUGUGAAACUCAAUCUUUUUUUUGUUGUAGUAUAGCUCAUCUGAUGUAGGCUCUAAGAAGUUAGAAGCGUGUCCCUUUAUGAAGAACAGUAGCCUUGGUCAGUCGGAACUUAAGUUGGUUACAGUGGAUUUCAAUAAUGGCAUGUUCGCACAUCACUAUUAUACAAUCAAUAUGGCCAAUGUUUGACCAUAAUGCACCUCUUCUGUCAGAGCUUCACAGCUUUGAUGAGGACUUUAUCAAUUUUUUGUCCAUAUUUCUAAAAUGUAACUGUUGCCACCAUUGGAAUACAUUCUAACCAACGUAAAUUCAUCAUGACUUCAGCUGUUGCCCUUCAUGCAAAAGGAAACAUCACCUUUCAGGCCUACAGGACGGGUGUUUGAUACUCAACAAAAAAAAAAGGUAUUUGGUUGGAGUAUUUUACGUAAGAGGUUGGGAUUUUCCAGGGAAGGGCCAUACCUAUUCAGACCUGUUUUAUUAUCUCCACUACCUGAUGUUCCAGUUUUAAUACGUAGAUUAAACAAAUAUGAUUUAGAAAAUCAGCAAUUUCAGUUUUCUACAGAAUAUGACCGUUACUUUGUAAUGAAUGAGUUAAUACCCAUCCACCUGGUGCUUAUGACACACAGGACAUUAGAAAUGCUCCAACACCCAGAAAAAGGUUGCCUUCAUAUUAAGCCACAGGGCGUUUGUUUAUGUGCUCAACUCUUAAGUUUUGAUUAUUGUGUUGUAAUCAACAUGCACUGGAAAGUACUUUGUUUCUGUAGAUCCCAUGGGUCCCUUAUCUGUUGUGUGCUAAUGUAUAGGAUAUACUCUGGAUUGUUCUAUUGGGCUUAUCUUGCCAUGUUUCGGAUGUCUAUAUCUGUGCGUUGACGAAGAAGGCUCAGAUUGAAGGUCUGUUUGAUUUAUUGGAAAGGGAAACAAGCCACCGAGGUGCCCUGUAAGAUUUUGUUAGAUGAGGUUCCCAAGCUGCACUCAUCACAUAAUAUGUGAGUGUGGAGAAUCCCUAGAGUGGGACAUGUAUUUUAUGGAAACCGUCAGUGUCUUGAAUUUUGUAGUCCACUUUAUAUAAAGUUGAAGUUUUUGAGGAAGGUUUUGAUUUUACAUUUUUUUAACAACAUUUCUUCAUGGUCUUUUUUAAACUUUUAAAAAUGUAUUUUCUUAAGAAAAAGGGUGUGCUUUUAUAAGGACAAUUCAUCACUUGUAAAAUGAUUUUUAAUAGAAGGACAUGGUAGAGUCCUUUUUGAAGUCCAUGAGAUCAAGGGCAUUUUUUUAUAUAAAAAUGAACUUGCAACAUUCCUUGCACAUCUCAUUGUGGUGUAUAAACAAAACCGAGUAAACCAACACAAUUCAUGGUUGUGGUUUACUUGGCUCAUGAGCUUUGAAAUAUUUUCCCUUCUUUGAAGAACAGAUAAAGUGUACAUGUAUUUCUAAAAACCCUGGAAUAUGCCUUUAACUGCUCAGUUUCAACAAAGUCUUGAAUAUCACACAAUCUCUGUGUACCAACAAAUGAGACCCAGCGAAAAUGUAGCAUUUUUGUAAACAUUGACUGUGUGUUUUCGAGACUCUACUGUGCACUCAUUUUUGUGUUUAUAUAUAUUUUUUGGUUUGUUGAUAUAAUAUGGAAGUAAAGACAAUGUGUUAUGUAGUGCAAUAUGCUGUACAUAUGGAGCUUUGCUCUACAAAUCUUUUUCUGGAUUUCUUGUUGUUUAUUGGUACUUUUUUCAAUAAAAUUGUAUUGAAGGUG